AUGCCUGGACGGAGUUCACUCUGGGGACACACGCCGGUGGCAGCGAACUUCGUGCUAAGCUGGCAUCGCUCAGGUCUUCUCAACCUAGGCGGCGUUGGCGUUCCCCGCCAGAACCCGAAUCCCCCGGGCGAGCCUCGGCUCGCGCUGCCCGGUAGGCCUGUGGGGCCGUACCGAGGUCCGACGGGCGGAGCGCAUCGCUCAGGUCUUCUCAACCUAGGCGGCGUUGGCAUUCCCCGCCAGAACCCGAAUCCCCCGGGCGAGCCUCGGCUCGCGCUGCCCGGUAGGCCUGUGGGGCCGUACCAAGGUCCGACGGGCGGAGUGCAUCGCUCAGGUCUUCUCAACCUAGGCGGCGUUGGCGUUCCCCGCCAGAACCCGAAUCCCCCGGGCGAGCCUCGGCUCGCGCUGCCCGGUAGGCCUAUUAGGCCGUACCGAGGUCCGACGGGCGGAGCGCAUCGCUCAAGUCUUCUCAACCUAGGCGGCGUUGGCGUUCCCCGCCAGAACCCGAAUCCCCCGGGCGAGCCUCGCCUCGCGCUGCCCGGUAGGCCUGUGGGGCUGUACCGAGGUCCGACGGGCGGAGCGCAUCGCUCAGGUCUUCUCAACCUAGGCGGCGUUGGCGUUCCCCGCCAGAACCCGAAUCCCCCGGGCGAGCCUCGGCUCGCGCUGCCCGGUAGGCCUGUGGGGCCGUACCGAGGUCCGACGGGCGGAGCGCAUCGCUCAGGUCUUCUCAACCUAGGCGGCGUUGGCGUUCCCCGCCAGAACCCGAAUCCCCCGGGCGAGCCUCGGCUCGCGCUGCCCGGUAGGCCUGUGGGGCCGUACCAAGGUCCGACGGGCGGAGCGCAUCGUUCAGGUCUUCUCAACCUAGGCGGCGUUGGCGUUCCCCGCCAGAACCUGAAUCCCCCGGGCGAGCCUCGCCUCGCGCUGCCCGGUAGGCCUGUGGGGCCGUACCGAGGUCCGACGGGCGGAGCGCAUCGCUCAGGUCUUCUCAACCUAGGCGGCGUUGGCGUUCCCCGCCAGAACCCGAAUCCCCCGGGCGAGCCUCGGCUCGCGCUGCCCGGUAGGCCUGUGGGGCCGUACCGAGGUCCGACGGGCGGAGCGUAUCCACCACGAGGCGCUCUCUUUUGCUAG